AUGAUACGGAACUUGGGAAGCUAAGGUCGAGCGCAUCAAGGAAAGGAGCAGUAGGGGGCUUGAUAGAGACGCGCAGCACCUUAUAAGAUUGCUUCGAACCCCAUUUCCAAAAAUGGCUUCCACUUCCACCACACUCUGCUCCUCCACUUCUCGACCAUCAACCUUCGUUUCUUCCUCUACGCUACGACGUCGUCUUCCCCUUGUUGGGGCGUUUUGCAUGCUCAGUUUGGGACUCUCCAAUCUCUAUUCACCCUUCUAUUCCUCUGCUCUCAAAACGGGGGGCGUAAAAUCUCUCUUACGAUCCAAAUUAGGUAUCCAUAGCCACUCCUCUGCGACGAGCGUCAGAAUGGAAGGGAAUAACACCACCGUCCCAAGCAUUGUUGUCUAUGUCACUGUUCCCAACAAAGAAGCUGGUAAGAAAUUGGCCGAAAGCAUUGUCAUGGAGAAGCUUGCAGCUUGUGUGAAUAGGGUUCCUGGUAUCGAGUCAGUGUACCAGUGGGAGGGAAAGAUCCAAACUGAUUCUGAGGAACUGCUUAUAAUCAAGACUAGGCAAUCCCUUCUGGAACCACUGACAGAGCAUGUCAAAGCAAAUCAUGAAUACGAUGUGCCAGAGGUGAUCUCCUUGCCCAUCAAUGGGGGCAAUCUCAAAUAUUUAGAAUGGAUAAAAGAGAGCACAAGGGAGUGACGAUCAAGUUUAUAGCUAGAUGUGUGGUUUCAAGAGUUCAUCUGCGAUUGUGUGUUUAAAUAAUGCUGGCGUGUCAUCUAUGUAACUAGGCAAUGGGUUCUGAAAUAUUAUGGCGUAGAGGAUGACGAUCGGUCUUGUAUUACUGCUGAUGAUUGUUAUGGGUAAUGGGUUGAAUAUGAUAUUAUGUGAAUAAACCUUUUCUUUACGGUUUUAUGCACAUUCGGCCUUUAGUUUUUUGUUG